GGAGGGUUGAGCUCCGCCAGAUCUCGGCGCAAACCCUAACCAAACCUAUCGCUAGCAUUGGCAGCUCAACAACGCGAACAGGGUUGCCGCGCCUCCUCUCUGCUGCUGCUCCCUCCACCUAAAUCUCUCCGCUGCUGCUGCAACUUGAGGUGAAUGCGAUGUUUUAAAGCGAAGGCUUAUUUGGUAUCUGAAGAAUAAUGGGAGCAUCACCAGUUGCUGGUUUGCAAGUGGUGGCAGCAUGGCCUUGCAUUUCUUCUCCCCAGAGAACGUUCGUGUCAAGAGCAACAGCUUCCAAGUUCAACCUGAAAGUAGCCAGUCAAGGAUUAACAAAAUUGUCAAACAUCUCUCUUCAAGGUCUUCCUGAGAGAUACCCAUCCUCCUCUUCAAAGUAUCACAGAAUUGUUCCCAGGGCAAUGACUGGGGAAAGUGAGGAAGGCACAGCAUAUGGGUUGCCUAUUGAUCUCAGAGGAAAACGGGCAUUUAUUGCUGGAGGGGCUGAUGACAAUGGCUAUGGAUGGGCAAUUGCAAAAGCUCUUGCUGCUGCUGGGGCAGAAAUUCUUGUCGGAACAUGGGUUCCUGACCUAAACAUUUUUGAGACAAGCUUAAGGCGUGGCAAGUUUGACAACUCAUGUCGGUAACCAAGCUGCUUCUAGAGACAUGAAGAAGAGGAUAUCUUGCUGCAAUCUCGGCAUCUAGUUAUUCUUUCAUUUCCUUACUCCAGUACUUCCUUCUGAUAAUGAAUCCAGGUUUAUUUCAUUUCCUUAAAUAAACACUUGAACAUGUCAUAUUAUAUUGCAUGUGUUUCAAGAGAAGUCUGACAGUAUGUGUUCCUUUUUGUUAUUAGACAACUCUUGGCUAAGCCUUCCAAUCCAGGAAUGAGCUUACCUUGCAAGCCAAGAAUGUUGCAGUAGAAGCCCUAUAUGAUAAUUUUAUCUUUAUUAUCAUAGUGAAAGCAGCAUAAUAAUAAAGGAGCAUUCUAUAAGCAGAUACAGGUGAAUAUGAGAGAGGAUUGGGUGUAGAGGAAGAAGGAUUGGAAUCAUCUGAAAUUUUUUUAGCUAAAGAAAAUACAAUUCAAAAUCGAAAGUAACCGAAUCAAACAUUUUCAACUAAACAAGUUUGUUUUGGCCCCAUAUAAUACAUUAUAAUUGCCCAAAGUAAACCAACACACUCUUUAGAUUCCUUUCAAAAGUUGCCCGGAUUUCAUGCUUCUGCCAUUUAUUUUUCUUUUCUGCUGGUGAAUCUUGACAUCUUUGUCUUUUGUCACUUCUGUUUGGCAAUUUGGUCUGCUUAAGUUUAAAGUGUCUCAAUAUGGCAGUCGGUGCUUCAGUGUCUCUAACAUACAUUGCUUGUGAAAGAACCAUCACAGGGUAUAAUGUGUUUUUAACUUCUUUGUCAAAAUCAGCUAAUAUAAUGCUUACACUUGUGUAUUUAGUUGCUGUAUCAACUUGCAGAUAUGGAGGUGGAAUGAGUUCAGCAUAAGCAGCCUUAGAGAGUGAUAACCGAGUGCUGGUGUCUGAAGCUGGAAGAAAAGGCCAAAUCAGAGUAAAUACAAUAUCUGCAGGGCCACUGGGAAGUAGAGCAGCAAAAGCCAUUGGAUUCAUCGAGAAGAUGAUAGAUUAUUCCUACUCCAACGCGCCACUGCAGAAAGAAUUGCUUGCAGAUGAAGUCAGCAACACAGCAGCAUUCUUCGUCUUUCCUCUGGCCUCAUCGGUGACCGGUUCAGUCGUGUACGUGGACAACGUGUUGAAUACGAUGGGACUUGCAAUCAACAGCCCAACACUCUGCGUAAUAGUAGGGGGCGAGACAAGCAGAAGGCUCUCUCCAUGUUCUUUUUUUUUCUUUAACGACCGCGGCAUCAUCAUCGUCAUUGAAGAGAGAGCGGGAUGAUUGUCUUGUUCAGGUAAAUAGGACUUGGAAUCAUUUAAGAGUCAUCAAAAAGCCCUGAUUGUUGGAUUAGAAUAUUUAGCAUCAUGUAGCUUUUUUUACUUUGGAUGUUCA